CUGCUGUCAAGUUAUUCUAGAAUUAGGAGUAAUGAACAUGAAUGCUUUGGGAAGCCCUAUGAUGGACCCUACGAUUUCCAAACGGAACACGGCGCUGAGAUUAGUUGACUUGGUAGGGGCGCACCACCAUCACCAUCAUCACCACCAUACCCCUCAGAGCGUGACAGGCUUCCCGGGGUUCAGCAGCCAUCCACACUCAAUGGCUCACUCGCACCCUGGGGAGAUUACUGCGAAACCCCGCCUGGGGCCGAGUCCAUUUGGGCCAGAACACAUGGGGCACUCCGCGGCCCUCAAAAUCAGCCCAGCCCAUCAUUACCCACACCACCAUCACCACCACAAUCAUCAUAUGGCAGGCCACAGUGAAGUGGUCUCCAGUCAAACGGGAGCUUUUGGCCCGGUGCAGGCGGCGACCGUCCCUUAUUCCAUGUCCCACACGGCCCAGGCGUUAUCCGCAGCCGCAGGUAGGGAUUUCCUCAUUCGGAGGGAUCUGACAGCUCAAGCCAUGCCGGUACUGACCGACCAGAGCCCCGGUUCAACCUCUCAUCACGGAAUGUUUGUCUCAACAACAGGUAGCUAUCCGGGACACUACGGCCAUCACCCUGAUGCUGGUAGCCAUGCCCUCUUCUCCGGACUCCACCAUGAGCAGUCAUCUAGCGGAGCACCAGGUGGCCAAGCCAUGAAUGGACAAAUAAGGUUAGGAAUACCUAGCGAAAUGUACGUUAGGUCUGAUCACUUGAGUCAAGUUGCGAGCUCCAGGGCUGAUCCGUUCUCCGCAUCGACAUUACAUGGCUACGGCGGUCUGAACCAUCUGAACAUGAACCUCGGCGCUCAGCAUCACGGAGCCGGUGCAUUCUUCCGCUACAUGAGGCAGCCAAUAAAGCAAGAACUCAUCUGCAAGUGGCAUGAACCGGAACUGUCGCCGAAGAAACUCUGCUCAAAAACUUACAGCACGAUGCACGAGCUAGUAACUCAUGUGACGGUGGAGCAUGUCGGUGGCCCGGAGAUGGCAAACCAUAUCUGCUUCUGGGAAGAGUGUCCCAGGGAAGGAAAGCCAUUUAAAGCCAAGUACAAACUGGUAAAUCAUAUCAGAGUGCACACCGGAGAGAAACCAUUCCCAUGUCCCUUCCCCGGCUGUGGAAAAGUAUUUGCUCGAUCGGAAAACCUGAAGAUCCACAAGAGGACUCACACAGGUGAGAAACCCUUCAAAUGUGAGUUUGACGGCUGUGACCGACGUUUCGCCAACAGCAGUGACCGGAAGAAGCACUCCCACGUGCACACCAGCGAUAAGCCUUACAACUGCAAAGUGAGAGGCUGUGACAAAUCCUACACACACCCCAGCUCUCUCAGAAAACACAUGAAAGUCCACUGCAAGUCUCCGCCACCGAGCUCUGGCUACGAGUCAUCAACCCCGUCAUUGGUGUCCCCAUCAUUGGACUUAGGCCGAGAGCCAGGGUCUUCGUCGCUCUCGGAACCAGCAGCCUCGUCCCAGCCCGCCAAUUUAAGAGAGUGGUACGUCUGUCAUAGUUCGGGUGCCAGCGGCACUCAGACACCCCCCAGCGGCUCCUCCAGCCCUGAUUCCGAGGAUGAGGCCCUCUACAGACACCCAGAGCCAAGGGACGCGUACUAACCAAAAUUGGCCUAGAAAAUAAUAAAACAAAUAUCCAAGAUAUUUUCUAAUAUGCCCAUGGACUCAGAAAAUAAACAUAUCGAGAAGGUCUAUUUUCUAAGGCCCAAAUCAUUCAAUGCACUGGCAUAUCGACAAAAUAAGAAACAGCCAAAUUGUAGUUUUGUGAUCGCUUUCUUAUAUCCCCAUGUGGAUGAGUAUGAACAAAUAUUCUGUAGAUUUGUUCAAAUGUCUCGUGCUGGUUAAUUGUAUGUUUGUAUGUUGUUGUAUUAUUUUGUAAAUCGAGUUUUGAAUUCAAUAUCUUUUUAAUUUAUUUUUUUGAACCUGAUAUUAACAUUUUUGUAUUAUCGAACCAAAGUGUUUUCAAAAUGAAAAAUAAGUGAAUGUACAUUUGUAAAAUUGCUAAAAUUCAAUGUGUUAAUAACAGUAAUGUUGUAAGCUUUGAUCUUUCAGCUAUUUUAAUUGUUUGCUACUCUUAUUUGUAUAAAUUAAAUAAUUGAGAAGUUUUGAGUUUCAUACAGACAUAUUUUUUCCUAUUGAUUGUUUUGAUAUAGUCUAUUUGAUAUAACAUUCAUAAAUGUUUGGUCAACGUGGUCAUUUUGUGAUUUGGUCAUUCUUGUCAUUAUUUGUUAUUAAUGCAGUUUUAUAAAAAUGUUGUCCUACCGAGAAAAGACACUCGAAAUGUGUUACCAACUGCGUUGUAAUUUGUCAGUAUUUUGAAUAAAUCCUGUAUG